UAUUCAUGCUUAUUUUACGCUAAGAUUUCACUGAUAAAAAUAUCUUUCUCUGUAUUUAGUUAUCUUUUUCGUUACAUGCAGCUUGCAGCUUAUAAAUGUAGGUUCAUGAUGCACGAGUGUUAGUAUUAAUUUGUAAAUACAGAACCAUAUGUCAAGUAUAUGUAGAAUAUCAAAAUAAAGUGAAAAAUAAUUUUAAAUAUUGGUUUGUGUAAAAUACUUUCUUAUAAAAAAUGAUACAUAGUCUUUUUAUUAUUAAUUCAUCAGGAGAUGUUUUUAUGGAAAAGCAUUGGAAAAGUGCAGUGGCACGAUCAUUAUGUGACUAUUUUUUUGAUCAACAAAGAAGAGUUUUAUCUCCUGAAGAUACACCACCUGUAAUAGCUACACCUCAUCAUUAUCUUAUUAGUAUAUAUCGUUGUAAUAUGUUUUUUGUUGCAGUAUGUAUGACAGAAGUUCCACCAUUAUUUGUAAUAGAAUUUUUACAUAGAGUAGUAGAUACUUUUGAAGAUUAUUUUAGUGAAUGUACAGAAACUAUUAUAAAAGAAAAUUAUGUGGUUGUCUAUGAAUUAUUGGAUGAAAUGUUGGACAAUGGCUUUCCAUUAGCCACAGAAUCUAAUAUUUUGAAAGAACUUAUUAAACCACCAAAUAUAUUAAGAACUAUUGCAAAUACUGUUACAGGAAAAUCUAAUGUUAGUGCAACAUUACCAAGUGGACAAUUAUCUAAUGUUCCAUGGAGACGUACUGGUGUUAAAUAUACAAAUAAUGAAGCAUAUUUUGAUGUUGUGGAAGAAGUUGAUGCUAUUAUUGAUAGAACUGGUGCAACUGUAUUUGCAGAAAUUCAAGGCUAUAUUGACUGUUGUAUAAAAUUAAGUGGUAUGCCAGAUUUAACACUUUCUUUCAUGAAUCCUAGAUUAUUUGAUGAUGUUAGUUUUCAUCCUUGUGUUAGAUUCAAACGAUGGGAGUCUGAACGAAUACUUUCUUUUAUUCCACCAGAUGGUAAUUUUCGUCUUCUUUCUUAUCAUAUAGGAUCACAAAGUAUUGUGGCAAUUCCAAUAUAUGUAAGGCAUAAUAUAAGCCUCAAAGAAUUAGGAGGUGGCAGAUUAGAUAUAACUGUUGGACCAAAACAAACCAUUGGCAGAACUGUAGAAAAUGUAACAUUAGAAAUUCCUAUGCCAAAAAUAGUUUUAAAUUGUACAUUGACUCCAAACCAAGGAAAAUAUUCAUUUGACCCUGUUAGCAAAAUACUAUUAUGGGAUAUUGGAAGAAUAGAUGUUUCUAAACUACCUAAUUUAAGAGGCUCGAUUACUGUUCAAAAUUCUGCCAGUACUAUGGAAUCUAAUCCUGCCAUUAAUGUUCAUUUUACAAUCAACCAAUUGGCAGUCUCUGGUUUAAAAGUUAAUCGAUUAGAUAUGUAUGGAGAAAAAUAUAAACCAUUCAAAGGUGUUAAAUAUAUUACUAAAGCUGGAAAAUUUCAAAUUAGAAUGUAAAUAAAAAUAAUGUGGAAAAUUUCUCAUAUCAUCUUAAGACUAAAUACGUAUUUUAAACUUUAUAAGAAUAUAAAUAAUUGAAAAUAAAACCAUAUAAAACAAA